AAAAAUGAUCCAACAACGUAAAAGAGGAAGGAAGGUAAAGUUGAGUGGUAAGGCGUAUUGAAGGUAUAUAAGGUUUUUUUUUCUUUUUCUUUUCACAUUUGGGUUGUUUGAGACAAAACAAAAGGUAAGAACAAGAAGCACAGAACACAGGUUGCUUGAACCUUACACGUCAGCAUCGUUCCGUGUGGAGUGUUGAGAGAUGGGGAAUUCGUUCGGAUGUUCGGCCUCCGGCGAGAGGCUUGUGUCGGCGGCGAGGGACGGCGACUUGGUGGAAGCGCAGAUGCUUCUGAACUGCAACCCGUGUCUCGCCAAGUAUUCUACUUUCGGUGGCCUCAAUUCCCCUCUCCAUUUUGCAGCUGCCAAAGGCCACAACGAGAUUGUGGCAUUGUUACUGGAGAAUGGAGCUGAUGUGAAUUCCAGAAAUUAUUGUGGCCAGACGGCGUUGAUGCAAGCUUGUAGAUAUGGGCAUUGGGAGAUUGUACAAACACUUCUACUCUUCAGAUGCAAUUCUAUUAAAUUACAGGUUAUGAGAGCUGAUUAUCUUAGUGGGAGGACAGCUCUUCACUUUGCAGCUGUGCAUGGGCAUGUAAGAUGUAUUAGACUUGUUGUGGCUGACUUUGUACCAAGUGCACUUUAUCAAGCUAUACAUGCUGGCACAGAUGUUGACAGGGGUGGUGGAUCAAAUGCGAAAGGGAAACAUGAGCAAAGUGCCCUGUCCAAGUUUAUAAAUAAAACCGCUGAUGGAGGUAUCACUGCCCUUCAUAUGGCUGCACUAAAUGGGUACUUUGAUUGUGUACAACUGCUGCUUGAUCUUAAUGCAAAUGUGAAUGCUGUGACUUAUCAUUAUGGAACAUCAAUGGAUUUAAUAGGGGCUGGAAGUACUCCAUUGCAUUAUGGUGCUUGUGGAGGCAAUUUAAAAUGUUGUCAGAUCCUUGUUGCACGAGGUGCAAGUCGUCUGGCUUUAAAUUGCAAUGGGUGGCUUCCUCUUGAUAUUGCUAGGAUGUGGGGGCGUCAUUGGCUUGAACAAUUGCUGGCACCCAGUUCUGAUGCCUCAAUACCUACAUUCUCUCAUUCAAAUUACUUGUCCUUGCCCCUUAUGAGUGUGCUCAACAUAGCUAGAGAGUAUGGAUUGCAAUCAUCUCCAACAUCCUCUGAUGAGAUUGACUUUUGUGCUGUAUGCCUGGAGAGGCCGUGUUCAGUGGCUGCAGAAGGAUGUGGGCAUGAGCUUUGUGUAAGAUGUGCACUCUAUCUUUGCUCAACAAACAAUGUUUCUUCUGAAAUGCUUGGCCCUCCUGGCUCUAUCCCUUGCCCCCUAUGUAGACAUGGAGUUGUCUCUUUUGUUAAGUUGCCAGGUUCCCAAGCAAAAGAAAAUAAAUUACACGUGUCUCUUGGCCUGUGUACCCCAUGCAUAUUACAUCCACGUGACCUAGACCAGCCAUCCCUUUCUCAUACACCAGAGAUUGGAAGAAAUCGUGUAGCUUCUGUUCCUUCGGAGAUACGCUGCCCCGUCACUUGCAGUCCAUUUCCAUCUAUGGCAAUUCCCUUAUGUACCUGCAAUGAUGGUCCAUGUCCAUCAUUUGAACCUGGAGAAGUAGAAACACAAGAUGGAUCACCUCAUCACUCUCAAGCAUCAACAGUGGAUCAGGAUAAAAUCGAAGGGCCAAGACUGGAUAAAACAACCUGCUCUAGCAUGUUUUGGGGUAGAAGAAGUUGCAGCAGGGAGCACCAAUGCAAUUCAGAAAUAAAUGCUUGACUCGUGCCAUGCUUGUACGACACAUACUCGUGUUGUGGAUACUGGAUACACUAUAUAGAUCAGCAGGAUCAGUCCACAGUUGUCUUAUUAAUCAGCCUCAAAUAGUGGAACUCGUGAUCUCUCUUGAAGAGAAAAAACUGCUCUUCGGAUCCUCCUCUUGGCUGCACAGGCUGAAUGGUAGGUGAUAGACACAAUUCUGGCGUUUCAGCAACACAACCACCCUCUGGAUGUCUUUUUUUUUCCUGAUAUUUAAGGAGCGUGUGUGAAAUUAGUUUCGAUUUCGCAAGAUUUUUAUUGUGAUUAUUGUAAUUGGAUUUCAUUUUAUCAAAGAAAAGUUGUCUUUUUUAAGGGGAAAACAAUACCGUAUGCUUUUUAUAGCAUGUAUCACGUUAGGGGCAUCUGUAUAUUAUGCUUGUCAUGAAUUUUAUAGGUUUACAAAGCACAAAUUUGGGGACUGAAACUAGCUGAUAUAGUUAUAAAUACUUGUUUUUUUGUGGACUU